UUUUUAUUUUAACACUCACAGCCUUCCUUACCCAAAAAAGAAAGAAAAAGGAAAAAGAAACGAACUCUCACCACCGCGCAUAAAACAGAGUAGCAGAGCGGGUAGCAAAGCAUAUAGCCGUUGUACGAAGUUCCAAGCCCAAGGCGUAGCUCAAAAGCGCGCUCAUGGAGAAGCUGAAAUCUCUGGUUCCAGAAACCCUAAAGCGAAUGAUCGGAGAGAGCUCUGCUGACGAUCUUCCUCGCACAUGCUCUUCUCUCGUCGAUUUUCUUCUUCAUUUCGAGCCCUUUCACCAAAUGGUGAGGGACUUGGCGGACCCUGAAGUGGCUCUGUGUGGCAAGAACAAAGAAGCUGCUUUGGAGUCGAAGCAAAAGGGGAAUAAGUGCUUCUUGAGUGGUGAUUAUGCUAAUGCUUUGGAUUUCUAUACUCAGGCAUUGAUAGUUGCUCCUAUGGAUGCACAUGAAGACAGAAACUUGGUUGCUACUUUGUAUGUGAAUCGGGCUUCUGUAUUGCAUAAAAUGGGUCUUCUAACGGAAUGUUUACGAGACUGCAAUCGGGCACUUCAGAUUUCUUCAAACUAUGCAAAGGCAUGGUACAGAAGAGGUAAGGCAAAUGCUUCUAUGGGACAUUAUAAGGAUACUAUCCGUGACUUGGAUGUUGCUAAGACUCUGGAGUUGACAAUGGGUGGAAAGAGACAGAUAGAAAGUGAGAUGAAGAUAAUUUUGGAUCAACAGAAUAGUACAUCAAAUCCAUCAAUACAACAGUAUGAGAAUACCUCAGAUAUUUUGGAUGAAAAAAAUAGCAAUUUGGAGACAUGCAAAAGCUACAAGAAUGGCUCCAUGUUGACACGUAACAGCUUGAAAUGGUAUUCUCACUUAGAAUAUUCUGUUGGUUUUAUCAUUUUAUGUUUUUUUAACGUUAUAUUGAGUUAAGCUGAUGGAUUGUUGUUCAUACUUUCCUUAGGAUGUAGCAGUGACAGGGUCUCAUUUUGAGUGUACUUAUGUUGUUGAGC